AUGGCUUUUGCCUCGGUAUUUGCCAAAACCAGCGGAUUGAUCUCCUCCAGUCCACAACGCAGCACCUCAUCCUACAGCUCAACCACACACACAGAGCUCGAACAACAAUCAGAGAGCGGCUCGAUGAGUCCCACAAAGCGGCGCACCGAGAAAUGGCUACAGGAACACACUCCAAAGAAACAUGGCAGCAGCCAUGAUCUACGCAAAGUGAAAGACGGCAGGAUCGUCAGGGAGAAUGGCCGCGAUGGACGCAAGAAGCGUGCAAGCUUCUGGAACUUGGCACUUUGGUUCAGCGGUUAUGGUAAGAGCCAGAGCAAUGAUCGCGAGGAGGAUGAUCUCGAAGGGGACACGAUGAUCGACGACGAUGCGUCUACUGCCGCUCCUGGAUACGACAACGAUCCUACUCUGGUCGUGGAUGAUGACAAUACAGGAAUCAAAGGUGAUGAGACCGCGCAUGCUCUACAAAAAUACAACGACCGCUAUCUCGACUACGAUGAUCCACGUAUUCAAGACUGGACGGAGGAAGAGAGAUGGCUCUUCGCCAAGCUCACAAAUCGCGGCUACGAGCCUUUGCUCCAUGACACCUGGAUCUUAGACUACCCAACCUUUCCGGAUCCGCUCUUCACAAACGACGAGAACCAGGUCUACAUCAAUAAUAUUCAUAGCUCAAUCGGCAGAGCCUGCCGCUCCCUUACCGACCUCAUCUUGGCCGGCUCCCGCGUUCGCGACCAGAUCCUCAGCCAGGCAGCAACCGAGAAGCCGCUCUUCCAUGCGAUCAACAAGUAUUACAAAUGGUCGAUCGCGGACGGCAAGGUGCAACACAAAGACCAUAUCCCGGUCAUCGCCAUCGCCUCAGCCAAAGGCCAAGAAACAGUCGAAAGCGUCGUCGGUCGAAUCACCGAUCAGCUCCACUCCCUCGGCCGCCAGUACCGCGACAAAUGGCGACACCCGAGUUCGCACGAAAGCGAUGAGCAUCAAGAGUUCACUCAUGAGCUGCCGACCUUGACUGGAUUCGUGAUCAAGUAUAGCAUUGUGGCCAUCGUGACUUGUGACAUUCGCGUGGCCGGCAAUCCGAUCAGGACGUUGGGGACGUUCGAUUUCAAAGUGAUAGGGCAGGACGUGUGGCACGCGCUCGCGAUCUCGAUCGCGAUGAUCCGGGGCCGGAACUAUCUGAUGCAGUUGGACGAGGAAGGCGAGUUGGGGCCGGAGGUCAUCGAUUAUGGCUCCGAUCCAGAUGCCUGA